AUGUGCACUGGAUGUACGAGCCCUCGUGUGGAUUUCGAGCCACCUCCAUCAGCACAUCGAGACACGCAUUCACCUGUGGUGGGGAGGAGAGAGGAUAAAGAGACUGUCAAUGAGGUGAAAAAAUCCUGUCCACCCAUCACCUCUCCUCCACCAUCACCCUCCUCUCUGCAACCUCCAUCAGCACAGCCAGACACGCGUUCGCCUGAGCUCUCCACCCACUCCUCCACCCACCGGUACUCUCCUCUCUGCCACCUCCAUCAGCACAGCCAGACACGCGUUCACCUGUGGUGGGGAAGAGAGGGGAGAAAGUCGACUCUUGUCUGCCCAUCACUCUCGUCCACCUAUCAAGACACCUCGUGCGCCCUCUCCCUCACCACCUGCCUCUCUCUCCCUCACCACCUGCCUCUCUCUCCCUCACCACCUGCUCUCUCUCUCUCCCUCACCACCUGCCUCUCUCCCUCACCACCUGCUCUCUCUCUCUCCCUCACCACCUGCCUCUCUCCCUCACCACCUGCUCUCUCUCUCUCCCUCACCACCUGCCUCUCUCCCUCACCACCUGCUCUCUCUCUCUCCCUCACCACCUGCCUCUCUCCAUCACCACCUGCUCUCUCUCUCCCUCACCACCUGCUCUCUCUCUCCCUCACCACCUGCUCUCUCUCUCCCUCACCACCUGCUCUCUCUCUCUCCCUCACCACCUGCCUCUCUCCCUCACCACCUGCUCUCUCUCUCUCCCUCACCACCUGCCUCUCUCCCUCACCACCUGCUCUCUCUCUCUCCCUCACCACCUGCCUCUCUCCAUCACCACCUGCUCUCUCUCUCCCUCACCACCUGCUCUCUCUCUCCCUCACCACCUGCUCUCUCUCUCCCUCACCACCUGCUCUCUCUCUCCCUCACCACCUGCUCUCUCUCUCCCUCACCACCUGCUCUCUCUCCCUCACCACCUGCUCUCUCUCUCCCUCACCACCUGCUCUCUCUCCCUCACCACCUGCUCUCUCUCUCCCUCACCACCUGCUCUCUCUCUCCCUCACCACCUGCUCUCUCUCUCCCUCACCACCUGCUCUCUCUCUCCCUCACCACCUGCUCUCUCUCCCUCACCACCUGCUCUCUCUCCCUCACCACCUGCUCUCUCUCUCCCUCACCAUCUGCUCUCUCUCUCCCUCACCACCUGCUCUCUCUCUCCCUCACCACCUGCUCUCUCUCUCCCCCUCACCUCAUGCGCCCUCUCCCGCAUCACUAUGUGUGCUCCCAUGA